GCAGGAAAGAGCCCAUUGUAAUACAAACUCGUCCCCAACGCAAGAACAUCUGAACGACACUCUCUCCACCUAUCAUACGUAAAUCCAGAAAUCCGCUGCGAAAAUGGUCUACACUCUCGUCGUCCACUUGCACGCCAAAGCCGGCGAGGAGAAUAUCCAGAAGUUGAUUGCGAAACUGCAAGAGGCUAGUCAGGUUUAUUCGAAGGAUAAGGAGACCUUGGGGUGGUUCGUCAUGCAGGACCACAAAGAUCCACAAUCUUUCACGAUUGUUGAACGAUAUGCCCACGAGAGCUCACAGAAGUACCACUUGGAGAACCCAUACUGGCAAACCUUUGACAAAUAUGUGAUUCCACUUCUGGAUCGCGAAAUGGAUCUCAGACGCUACAAUGAAUUGGACACGAGCAAGGAGGUCAAGGUGGAGAAUGAUGAGAGUCUUUGGGCGAAAGUGAAGGAGCAUCAGACGUACUGAUUGCUUUGAGUUGCGACUAUGUCUUGAUUGAUUGCAUGCGUGGCAUUGGGUGUACCACAUCCCUCGAAGGCACUGUCGUACAACGACUGCGUGCUUGCAAGCUGACGGAAGCAGCUGAGAAUGCGCUGUAGUUACUACCUACACAACAACAAAUCGCAUGCCUACAACUAUUUCAUCCUCGUCGAAAAAGCCCGGCCUCGUCUUCUGGAUUUGUCGCUGAGCAUUGCCCCCAGCAAAGCUAACAGUGC